CAAAAGAUUGGAUGAGUCAAAAUGUGUUAUGCAAGAAUUACACUUAGCAGUUAAGCUUAACAGCUUCCGCAAGAAGCCAUGUGCCGUAUAUUGCCAACCAUUACUGCCACCUAAAUUUUGCUCUCUGUAUAUAUAGAGUGAGACCCUGAUCCGGUUCAUAUCUAUCCAUUUUGUUUCGUUUGCAUAGUAGCAGCUGAGUACCUUUGUUGGUUAGCCCGAGAGGAUUGAAUGACGUUGAAGAUGGAGGUCGGUGGCGGAUAUGAUCAUUUUGGGAUGAUGAAGGGGGAAGAGGAGGUGGAGGAAGGCUAUAGGACACCGACGCACGAGGGGUCCAGGAUUCCGGUGGCGGCGGCGGAGUGUCCGCCAGCCCCAAAAAGGAAACGAGUUUACAUGAAGAAGCAGAAGCAGAAGCAGCAGCAGAGGAGCAUGCCCCAGAAGCCCAAGGAUGGGUACUUCCAGCAUCCCGACCUUGAUCUUCUAUUUAAAAUGAUGUCGACAAGGGAACCACAUGUCCAAAUCCAGUCUUGUUUUGAAAGGAGACCUGAUAGCGCCUGCUAUUAAUUGUUUGUUACUCAUCUUACUUUUUGUAUAUUAGCACUAAUGUUGCAGAACAUUACUGCUGAAGUUGGUUAGGCCUUAGGAGUUAGGAUUUAGGAUUUAGGAUUAGUUUUUUCUUUUCCUGAUCCAAGUACUUUUUUGGGUCAUCUAUGUUUGUAGCUUCUGUAAUUUUCUAAUUUAUUUGUGGAUGGUUUUACAAAUAUGAGGAACUAACAUUGUCAA